AUGCUUUUUAUUUGGUAUAAACCCGACUUUUUUUUGCAUGGCCAAAAUUUCGGCGGGUAUCGCUACCCCCAAAUUUUUUUUAAGCGUUUGGCUGGGCAAAAAGGAGCGUUUUACGCUUUUAUUCCCGAAAUUAAAGGUAUUAACGAUUUUGUCGAUGUAAAAGUCGUAGUACAGGGUUAUUGUUUGUACCUUUUUGUCCUUGUUAGGAGCACGGGCGAAACCGCCCGGCAAAAAGCGGGGAGCGUUAAAUGCACGGGCGAGACCGCCCGGCAGAAAAGGAGGAAGGGGGCGCUGGCAGCCAGCCGGGCACGGACCCCCCGGGGAUAUGCCGGCGAGCUACCGGGCUUUUCCGUUAACGAAAUAAGCUUUAGCUUUUUAAGGGUUUUUUCGAAGGUUAAGUAUUACAACUUCGUGCGUUUUAAAAUCGAAAUAAGCUAUAAUUGCUAUUAUAAUUUUAAAGCUUUUGGUUGCAAGCGUAACAACGUAAGUUUUUUCCAAACCGUUAGGUUAUUAAUUACCUUUAAUUACCGCGCGGGAUUUAUAAUUUGUAACGUAACCGUUUUCGUCGAAUUUAUAGGCUAUUACGCUUUAAUAUUUUCGUUACGGCAAUUGCAAUUAUUUCCAACGUUUUUAAUUUUCGGUUUGGAAACGUUAAACGCUAUUGUUAAGCCCGCGUUAAAAAAAAAGGCUUUGGGCGAAAGCAAAAGGCCCGUCCUUUUACGGGGUUGGCUUUUGCCCCUUUUAACCGGAGGAAAAAGGGAAGGCGGCGCUUUUUGCUCGUUUGGGUUUGCUUUGGACAAACCUUUAAAAGCUUUAAACGCUUUUGGUAUCGCGAUUGGGGGCGCCGCAAAAGUGCCGUUUGUGGUUGCGAUUGGCAUAUCCGGUUUUGGGCAUUUAAAAUUAGGAAUUUGUUUUUCCGGUUGGAAAAGCCCCAGCGCAUUAGCAAUUCCUUUUUGGGUUGCAAGCGGGUUUUUCGUUUCGUUAUAUUUAACCAACAAAUUGCUUGGUAAUUUAUUAAAUAUCCAACCCCGGAUAAGCUUUGCACCCGUAAGCGUAAAUGCCGUUCCAAUCCGGUUUUAA